AUGAAGAAAUUAAGAAAGAAAUUCUUUAUAUUUAGACUACUGUAUAUAUGUGUAGAAAUAGUAAUUUGUUCAAACUUUAAACCAGAGUGUAAACAAGAUAGAAAAAAAGACAGCAACUGGCCAUAUAAUAGAGCACACUCUUCGAGAAGCAUAAUUUCAGUUCUAAAUACUAGUGCAAAGUCAAAAGAGUUGCCAAUAGUAAGAAAUACAUGUUAUAACACUAAUUAUGUAUCACAUACUAUGGAUAUUCAGCCUAUACAAAUAGCCGAUCCGUCUUUGAAUAUAUAUAAUGCAUUUAAAUCAUUCCAUGACGCAAAUGCCAAUACUGCAUCUUCUAGCAAUAUUCAAGAGUUUUAUUAUAGGUAUGUAGACAGCUAUGAUUCUGAUGAUACAGGAAACGAUGCAAAUGUUUCAACAAUAUAUCUAAAUCCAGAACUAACAUCAGAUUCACCUUCAAGGGCAACUUUGAGACCAAUUUCAUCUAUUACUAUCAAUCCACUUAAAGUGGAUUCUACAACUAAGUCGACUAUAAACACUAUGCCAUAUUCACGUAAGCUCGAGCACAGGUAUAUUAUACGAAAUUAUACUAGCUACAUCGAAAAUAUUGAUAAGGCAGUGUUUUUAAGUUCAACUGGGUGCCUUAGAUCAAACAAAGUAGACAGCAAAACAAUGGAGGCAAUUAAAAACUGGAAUAGUGAUGCAAAAACAGAUAUUUGGACUAUGGUUAAAAAUAUAAAUAGUAAGUUUCUUCUACUAAAGCGCAUACUUCAAAAUAUGAUGAAAACCGACCCCGACAAAAGAAUGCCCAACCCAUUAUUCUAUAUUGGAUUUCUAAAUGAUCUAGUUUAUUAUAAUAAAAUACAUAUGCCAGCUAUAAAUCGAUAUCAUAACUACAUACAUACUAAAAAGAAAAGAGAAAGCCUCGGUGAUAUUUGGCUGAAUAAAGAAGUAAAUUUAUACUGCUGUUGUAGUGGCAUAGAUAGACAAAUCAAUAUAAAAGGAAAAGAGAAGGAUAUACAGCUUAAAAAAAAGUUGAACGCCAUUCUUUUAAUACCAGAGGUAUACGAAGACUUCUAUAAAAUGUCAGUGAGUGCAAUUAAUGAGUUUAAAAAAGAAAUAAUGUGUAAUGGCGAAAGUGACAAUAUAAACGAGUAUUUAAAUGAUUUAAAGAAAGAGCUGCCGCAUACAUGUCCUAUUAUAUCAUAUCUUAUACACACUGCACAGAAAGAUGAAAUAUUAGCAGAAAAGUCAUAUAAUGAAAUUAAACAAAUUAAAUUGCCUAGAAAUAUUGGUAAACUCAUAAAAAACUUCAAUACAGUAGACGUAUACAAUCUAGUGCUUAAUACGGUUAGACUCUUUUAUACCUAUUAUGGAGUAUCGUAUAGAUUAAAAUCAAGCCAGAAAUGUGUCAUUAUAAAUAGAACUCCGCUUAUUCAUAUAAAUAACAUGUGCAUGUUUCGAUCACAUAGUAAAAUUUUAGGUGUAAAUAGUGUGAUGGCUCAAAAACACUUUAAAUUUACCGCAAAGAUAAAAAAUAUAUGUAUAGCAGAAAAUAGUAUGCUUAACCCGAAUUUUGUAGUAAUAAACCUCACAGACUUUGGAUCGAUUGCUGAAAAUAACCCAUUACUAACCAUAAAAGACCACUAUCAUGUGCAAUUUGUAGAUAAUGUGUGGCAUACGGUUACAAUGGUUCAUCUUCCCUACUACAUAUAUAGACAAAAAAAUGGUACAAUUAAAAACUAUCAGUUUCAUACAAUUAAAGACAUAAUAAAUUAUCUUGAACGAGCCAUCAAUAUAAAGGAUGCCACAAAAUAUGGUAAGAGUGGGUGCAUAUACCCAUUUAAGUACAGCAAGCAGAAUAAAACCUGGUCAAUAAUGACUGAAGAAUCUAAUUUAAACAAAACAGUACAGACAAUAGAAAGUGAAAACUGCAAUAUGGUAUUCUAUUGCAUAAAAGAAAAUAUCUAUGAAACCGAGUUCUGUUUUGCACAGUUUGUGUAUUCAUCAGAAGUAAAAAAUAAUGUUAAGGAUGAUAAUAUGGAUAAAAUAAGAAUCCCACUGUUUCUUCCUAGGAUUAUGGUUUCUGGCGCUGCGCUUGGGCCUUAUGACGAGAAUAACAUUAAUUAUAAUGUAUUUAGAUUGGGCGAAUAUAAAGACUUAACACCAAUUGACUAUACAGAGGUUUAUACUACUCCCCCUUUUAAUAGUGAUUCAAGAUCUUCCAAUUCACAGACUGAUGAUUCAAUAUUGUCAGAGAUUAAAAGACACAUGAAAGAAAGUGAUCUAAAUUAUGCUAUUAAACACUACUAUAGUGACUUCUUUAUACGAAAUUCAACAGACUUCUAUGAAGACCCACAGUGUUACUGCAUGAAUAUUCAACAGGGAAUAGAUGAGAAUACUUCAAAUGUAAAUAUAACUUGGAAUACAAGAAUUUAUGAAAGCGUCUAUGAGUACACAACAUACAAGUUUGACAGCAAAAUACGAGAUGAAAGAACGCGCAUGGGUGUUAUUAAUCAACCUGCCCAUGUUUCUUUCAUUGACAUGCUACAGCGCAAAAAUCCUUCUCUUAAUACAGCAUUAUAUGGACACUGCUUCUAUAAAAGCCAUGCAGAGGUUGAUUAUAAAACCAGCUCUGUUUUUUGUCUGACUAUGAAAGAUCUUUUAGAAAGAAUGAAUGCGUAUUUAGUGGAUAAAAAUACAAAAGAUGAAAUAAUCGAUCCUAUUUCAAUGAGAAAACUCUAUAAAAAGGACUAUGAUCCAAAGUUUAUUCUAAAAGAUGUUUCAAGUGCUAUUCAAAAUAGUAAACUAGAAGAAAUUAAACAAAGUGAUGAAGGAAUUCUAUAUAUAAGAGAUAAUAAUUAUAACGGCUGUAAAUAUGGUAUCCACUAUGAUAUUUUAAGUUCUUUAAUUAAUACCGACCGCAUUACUCAAAAAUCACGCUUAAAACAACUAAAAAAACCAAUUACUUAA